AUGAGCGAUGAGCAGCCAGUUCAGCUCGGACAGUAUGAGGUUUCGGAGCUGUUAGGGUCAGGGGCUUUUGCAAAGGUGCGCUUGGCAACCAGGAAGGAUACGGGGAAGAAGUAUGCAGUGAAGAUCAUCAAGAAAGUGGGGCUAUCUCAAAGAGCUGCCGACCGCCUAAACCUUGAGAUUGCUGUCACAAAGGGCAUUUCACACCCAAACGUCAUAAAGAUGCACGAAGUCAUCGGGACGUCUUCAAAGUUCUGGCUGGUGAUGGACUACCAUGCCAACGGGGAGCUUCUAAAACACAUGAAGACAAAAUUGUCAGACGAUCAGGCAUUUGACUACUUUAUCCAGAUAGCGUGCGCUCUUCGGUACUGUCACAGAUUCGGGAUUUGUCACCGAGACCUAAAGUUUGAAAAUGUCCUGGUGGCGAAUGAUGGGCAUCUCGUGAUAACUGACUUCGGUCUGGGAGCUAUUUCUUACAACCCUGACAAGACCUUUUACUCACAGGCAACCUUCUGCGGCUCAACCCAUUACAUUGCUCCAGAGGUAUCCUCUGGAAGCAGGUACGAUGGGCGCAAAUCGGAUAUCUGGUCCUUGGGAAUCAUGCUCUAUGCCAUGCUGAUCGGCAAGCUGCCUUUCCCAUCAGAUAACUACGAGGUCCUUGUGGAGUCCAUGCUUAAUCGUCGCUAUGACCCUAUCCCUUCCUUUGUUAACGACCAGGCCAAGAACUUGCUGGAGGCGCUGCUGGAACCAGAUCCUCGGACGAGACCCGACUGGAGGGAAAUAUUCAAUUACCCGUGGAUUGCAUCGCGAGUCGCACUAGUGGAUGAAGCUGGGCAUACGGUGGACAAGUUCCCUAGUGAGAUUACUGAUACGGGUGUGCUCUGCAGAGUCAUGCGAAAGAAGAAGGUGCAUAUGGAGAUACCCCUUCAUCCAAACAAGAAGUCGUACUCUGUCCUCUCCAACAUACAUGCUGCCUUAAUGCAAACAAACAGCGCCCCAAGUACGGCUCAGCCUGUUUCUGAUGAGGGAUUCACCUGCCCCAGCUGUGGAAACAUUGUGGUACCCCCUAAAACCGCCGAUAUAGCCAGCUACUCUGUCAAGAAGGCCAUCAUGAUUUCAGACAUAAGCAUAUCAGAUGCGCUGAUUCUAGCUGCGUACGGUGUCAGAAAGGUGACGAAGAAACCGGUUGUGGUCUAUCCUCACGAGUUUCGAGCAAGCUCGGACGUUCAGCUGAUGGAAGCCCGCGUGUUCGGCACUCAGAAACUGGUCAUCCUUAUUGGUACUAACGACGCGGAGAUGUACACGACGGUCAGUACUGUUCUGACAAACUUGGCAGCAGAUAAGGCAAAGUUGUCUGCCAUUACCCUAGGCCGAAUUAAUGACGUCUCAGUUGUUUGCGAAGAUGCACGGUGA